CAAAGCGCAACACGCCCGCAACGCAACUGUAAGGUGGACGAAGCGAUUCCAGUCUCACAGAAUAUACACGGUCAAGGGACAGGCCGGCCAUCUCCUUUCCUACACACCUGUGGGUAAUGGUGACCGGUUUGACACUCGACUAAGCCCUGUGCACCGGCGUCACUCAAGGAUCCACAAAACGUUAGUGGGUGUAACUGGUAUGGUUACACAACACACCUUCCUGAUGUACAGUCUCGCUGUUGAUUUUUUUUUUAACAAUUCCCUUCAAUUUUACUUCACGCCGCCUCAGAAGUUCACCAUUAUAUAAGAGCGCACUGAAGAGCUGUCGAUCACUCACACAGGCUUUUUUGCAACAGGCUACGAUUUCAAAUCACUGUCACUCUACGACGAAGUUUGGGCUAGACAUCGCAUCCGAAAUUACAACGCAUGGCAUAUUCCACAAUUCUCCUGGCACUCAGACAGACGCCAUGUUUCCCCGCCAACUGCGAAGCUUCGGUGACGGAAGAUCAUAGGAAGACCAAGCAGUGAGACCUGAAAUCGCCAGACAUUAGGAGGUGCCAGCAUACUUAGCCAUCUUAGGAAUCCAGAGAAUAACUCUUAUGCUGACUGUGAAGCCUGUUGUGAUGUCAGGGAAGGAACGAUGAGGAGUAGUAAUGCCAAGCCAGCAGGUCGCUGUGACAGAGGAGCACAGGAGCACAGUCCUGUCACACCAAGUCCCACAGAGACAGGCAAUGAGAUGGGGGCCUCACAGGUGGGUGAACCUGAUCAGACCCCUGUGCCGUCAUCAUAUGCCAGAAGCACACGUACUGGGGCGGCUGCGGUGAGAGCACACGGCAGGAGGCCUGAGCUGCAGUCCCAGCAGGAUCAGAGGGCUAGCCGCUCAGCCAUUGGGCAGGCUCACUCUAUGGUGGAAAGAAGGGUCCGGAAGAGGACGGCCGUGUGGGGCAUAGGGGAAUGUGGGAGCAGGAGACGCUACAAUCUGAGGACAGGAAGAAGGGAGGGCACAGGAACGAGGGAGGAGAGGUUUCAAAAGGAAUUUGAUGCUGAGAUGGGGACAGAACAACAUGGGACGUCAUCCAGUGAGGUCCUCAGCAGCACUGACGGUCCAGGGGGACAUAAAAGACAUCCAGUUGCAGAAGGUGGCAUGACUGCAUCAUUCAUAGCAGGAGAGCAGGCAAGGCCGACUGAGGUGACCACUGCCCAGGGGACUGCAAGCAGGCUCCAGAGCCUAGCUGCUGGAGGGACUGGGAGUGGAAGGGACACUGAGAUCAGGGGGCAGGUGGAUGAUGGAGCUGCAGUUCUGGGCUGUGCCGAGCUCAAGGGCACCAGCCAUCAGUCACAUGAGAGGGGAGUGGGCAACAAGGGCAGCCCCCGUGAUGUGCAGAAGGACGAAUGUGGCCUGGAGAUGAGCGCAUCCGGAGAAGACCCAGAACAUGGCGGCGAGGAGGAGAUGGGGAAAGCCGUGCAGCACGCCAUACAGGCUGGAACUACGGUGCACUCCAGCCUAGCAAAGACUGCCGUUGGGGACUCUCCCCCCAAAGGUGCAGCCCCGCCAGUGACCUUUCCAUCCCACACGGAGCCUGAGGUAGCUGCUGAUGACAAUGUCACCUCGCAGGCACCUCCCAGACCAGAGCAAUCGCCGGCAGAGCUCCUGCACUGUCAGCCUGAACCCUCUGUGGCUGAUAUGCACAACGACGUCUGGGUCCUCAGGAUUCCGGAAACAGCAGAUGAGGUGGGUAGCUCUGGCUUUUCCUUUGCCUCAGUGUUGCCCCCUACUGGUGAGAACCAGCCACUGCCUUGGAACCACCAGCUGAUCCAGAAUCUCAGCACUGAGCCAUCAAGACCACAGACCCACCCAGCCAGUGCUGUUCCUGACCCCUGUGAUGUGGACGUCCCACCCGCUGUUUUCCUGUCUGACUCCCAGCUGAACAGCGUUGCGCUCGGCGAGCUGGAACGUGACCAGCCUACCGGCAAGCAGGAGGACGCCACGCACCUUCUCUGCGGGCUCGUGACGGAGCUCUCCACCCUCAAUCGGAUGGUCAUGGCCGCCCAUCGGGAGCUGGAGAGUCUGCGUCGAGGCAGGACCCCGAAGCCACCCCUGCGCCGGCCCUACGGCCCCAGACGCCCCGAGCCAUAGACAGCCGUCCCCCAACCCCUAACCAGGCACCUACUGCAGAUCCAGAGAGCCGACCGGAGGGGUCCAACCCUGCAUCAGCCCAGACAAGCGGUCCUGGUUCUUCUGAAUAGAUCAGUCAUUUUCCACUUGUCUCUUGACAUAAUUGAAUAAAAUAUUUGCCUAGUUGAGUUAA